AUGGAGCAGUUCCAUCACGGCCACCACGUGCGGCUGCGCAGCAGCGAGCUCGGCACGUACCUGCACGCCGACCAGGACGGACAUGGCGUCUCCCUCCAGCACCGCCGGGCGUCGAUGAAGGCGGCUUGGGCGGUGCACGUGUACCAGCCCCCCGAGGCGUUUGUGCCUCACCUGCUCCUCCACAGCGCCGCCUACGGUCGCUACCUCGCCGCCACGGACGAGCCGGCGCCGCAGGGCCACCGCGGGCGCCGCGUCGAGCAGCGCAACUACGACCAUCCGGAGGCGGACGCACAGGGAAUCAUCUGGCUGGCCGUCCUGACGGCAUCCAGAGACAAAGUCUUCCUCCGCAACUUCAACGGCGGCUGCCUCCGCGCCAACGGGAGGUACCGCCCCUGGAACAACGGCGCCAGUGUCGACGACGUCGACGUCAACGACAUCGGCAACCUCAGCACGAUGAUGCACUGGGUCGUGGAGGACAUCCCCGCCAGGGAGAUCACGCCUCUCCUUCCACGCCCGGCUUGGCUUACCCUCCCCGCCGUCAUAUCGCCGUCGCGGGUGAUCGUGUACGUGUGGCUGGACGCCGACGGGACCGUCCUCAGCGAAGGCUCGUUCUCGUUCAGUGGGAGGUCCGUGUUCCGCCUGAGGAGCGAGCUGGCCAGGUGGCUCGCCGACAACGGCAUCGCAAUCGUGGACGCCCCCGACCUCGUCAUGUGCCUCCCCACCCGUGAUGGCCGCAUUUCCCCACUCGUCGUCGACCUGCCCCGCAGCCUCCAGACCCUCCACAUCAUCGUCGUCAUCGUCGGGUCGCCUGCUCACGCGGCGCUGCGGUACGCGGAUGUCGAUGCAGAGUAG